CUGCUCCUUGUUAGCAGUGUAUUGGCUGCACUAUCACGACGUUGGCAGCUGGGCUUUGCUCUUUGCAAGAUCCGUUUUGAUUCUCCCUGCGUUCAGUGUAGCUAGCCUUUUUAUCUGUGGGUUCUAUUAAUUCAAGGGGAAUUUGAAAGCAGCUGAAGGGGGGGGAAAUAUGACCGGGGAAGAAAUCAAAGAGCCUGAGGAGCAACAACAGCAGCAAGAACCACCACCGCCACAACCACAACCACAGCAGCCUAAAGAAGAGAGCAAGGAACCGGCGCCAGAGGUUUCCUACAAAGCCGUGGUGCUCACGGGGCCCGGGGGUUAUGAUAAAGUGAAGGUCGACGUCAGGAAGGGUGUCCCGGUGCUGAAAGCAGGUGAAAUCCUGGUGCGAGUGCACGCUUGUGGCUUGAAUUUCACCGACCUGUUGGUCAGACAGGGGGUGAUCAGCAAACACACUUACCUGGGCACUGAAUGUGCGGGUGUGGUGGAGGCACUCGGGGACGAUGUGACCGAUAGAAAGGUUGGUGACAAGGUAAUUGUGCUAAAUCUGGAUGGAGGACUUUGGGCAGAGCUGGUGGCGACCACGGUCGCCCGUACAUUCUUGAUGCCUGAAGGGAUGAGCUUUCAAGAUGCUGCUGCUCUCUCGAUCAAUUACUUGGUCGCAUACAUGAUGAUCUACGACUUCGCAAAUUUGCGUCCAAAUCAGAAAAUUCUCAUCCAUAUGGCAGCUGGUGGUGUAGGAAUUGCUGCAACACAGCUGUGCAAACUAGUUAAAGACGUGACCAUCUUUGGGACUGCCUCCGCCUCCAAACAUGAAACGAUCAAAGAGAAUGGCGUGUCUCACCCAAUUGACUACAACACCCUGGACUAUGCUGAAGAAGUUCGCAAGAUUGCCCCCAAAGGUGUUGACAUUGUCUUGGAUCCCCUGGGAGGAGCUGACAACACUAAAGGCUUUGGUUUGCUCAAACCAUUGGGAAAACUUGUCCUGUAUGGUUCUUCGAAUAUACUGACCGCACCAAAGCGGAGCACGCUAGCUGCCGCAAAGAUCUGGUGGCACAAGCUCAGUAUUGAUGCCUUCCAGCUAAUAAACAGCAACAAAGCUGUGUGCGGAUUUCAACUCAAAAACGCAGACCCUGACCAGAUUGCAGACGUCUUUGGCAAGCUGAUUUCACUGUACAGUGAAGGGAAAAUCAAACCUAAAGUGGACUCUGUAUGGUCAUUCGAGCAGAUUGGUGAUGCAAUGAGGCAUAUGCAAGAGCACAAGAACAUUGGAAAAAUCCUUCUGGUCCCUGAAGUCAAGACAACCGAUGCCACAGCAACUGAAAAUUAAGCGUUUACUUAAAAGGCGGGGAUAACCUCAUGAAUUAGCUAAAACUCCUAACCUUUUCUGACCUGAAGAUAUACCUGAUAGUUUGAGGGUUAAAGUAGGGAUGUGACUCCUGACUGAAUCACCCUUGUAUCAGACUCGUUAACAAAUUGUUGUUUGUGUCAAUGUCGCAAUGGGUUUUAUUUUCUACGACUUAACUUUGUGUUUUACCUUCAUAUUUUACCACCGUCCCACCCCCAAGUCCUGUCAAACUUGUUAAGAGCACAGAACAUUGACUUGCAGUAAUUUUUACUCUUUUCCUCAGAUCACUGCUCUGAAUAGCCCUCUGUCUUAAGAUGCAGACCAAAGCUCCAUGAGGUAACUGAACAGCUCUGGCUACCAGUGUCCUUGCUCUAGAGGCAAGGGCUUAUCACUUACCCUGGACAACAUGCAUUGGCUAAAAGUGCUUCAAGCCACUAUAUCGGUGGGCUUGCACCAAACAGCUGUUCUAGGUCAUGGUGGAUUUGAUUAUAUUAAGUUCAGUGACCACACCUUCCCAAAGUUUCCAAAAGUUAUGCAAACCGAGAUAGUGAUUGUCUAAAACCCUGAUGGUACUGAUUGGUUCUCAACAUGUACUUUGAAACCAUGGGGUUAAGAAUUCUUUUGAAGGUGCCAAAUGAUGACAUAAAAUUGUAUUAGGAUUGUGCCAAAUAUUUGGCCAGUUGAUUUGGCUUGACAAGUAAAUGUUGAAUAGCAAAACUUGGGUAACAUUAGGUUUCUGUACCAAUACCAUCAUGGGGCGGGGGGGGGGGGGUGCUAAGCACUCAGUUCUACACAAGUUGCUUUCUCUUUGGGUUGAAUAGUGGUUUACACUGGAAGCUGUUUGAGCUUCAAUUGUAACUUGCAGAAAUGUUUCUGUCUUUUGUAAAAGAAUAGCACUGAGCCCCAUUCUGAACAAGGCGAAGCCAACUCCUGCUUGAUGGGAUGUUGUAUCAUCCCAUGGUUCAGUCAUAGAAUGGUUAAGUCAUAGAAUUAUUCCACUUUCCCCGCCCCCAAAAUACAUUGCCUUUUGGCAAGUUUAUAUCUUAGUAGAAACUAGGAACUACAAAUGCUGGUUUACAAAAAAGGACACCAUACUGGAGUAACCGAGCAGGUUGGGCAGCAUCCCUGGUGAACAUGGAUCGGUGACAUUUUGGAUUGGAACCCUUCUUCAAAGUCUAGCCACAAUGUUACCGAUUCAUGUUCUCCAGAGAUGCUACUGAUCUGCCGAGUUAGUCCGGCAUUGUAUAUUUUAGUGUUUGGUCUAACCUGUUUGGAAUAACAUCCAGUCUUUGUGUUUCAUUUGGUGCAAAGGAUGUUAGUCUGCUACUGUGUUCAAAGGUGCUGUCUGAUAUAUGCAGAUACAACUGAACUAGCUAGGUUUCUGGGCUCCAGUUGAGUGUGGCAUCUGCAUAAAGCAGAUUCCAUUCCAUCUGCUGAUUGGAAAAUCAUUAAAAACUAAUAUUCUUUUUUUUUCCAAUGUAAGGUGCAUGGUGGGGGGGGGGGUGAAAAACACUAAUCUAAUUCCGCAUUUGCAUUAUGAGCUUUGCUGCCCAAAUUUAUGAUGUGUCCCCUCCUGGGCUAAAUUGCUCCUGGGGUGGUCUGACCACAUUCACAUUUAACCAUCGCUUCCUCAGGAGAAAGUAAUCUAUUUUGAAGCCAAAUACAAAUCUGCUGCAGAAUCCAAGGAUGGACUUUAUCAGGUUGGUGACAUAAUACAGAGCUUAAUCAUUUGUUUUGAGCCACUAAAAUGAACUUGAAUUACUUGAUU